AUGGCGGGGCCGAGCAACUCCGGCGUGGAGGUUUCCGCGGCGGUCCCUGCGUGGCUGCUGACGCUGCUGGGCGUGGCCUUCUUCCAGCCGUGCCCCGCGCACCUCGGCGUGCCCAGGAACGAGUGCAACCACUACUGCAUCGACUGCUCCACCGCCGGGCCCGGGAACAACGCCGUCUUCUGCUCCUUGUGCCUCCGCGACCACGCCGUCCACCACCAAGUCCUCCAGAUCCGGCGGUCGUCGUACUCCGACGUGAUCCGGGUGGCGGAGGCGGAGGAAGUGGCGGACGUCUCGUUGGUUCAAACCUACGUCAUAAACGCGGACAGGGUCGUCUUCCUCAACCCGCGCCCCACGGCGCCCGGCCACGGCAGCAAGUGUGUCGGCGCCGCCGGCACAUGCCUCGAGUGCCCCCGCGCGCUCAUCGACGCCGCCUUCUGCUUCUGCUCCCUCGGCUGCAAGCUCAAGGGAAUGGGGUCGGACCCGGCCCUGACGUUCGCGCUUGAGCCGGACCGCGAGGGGGCCGCAGGGCCAUCGGGCCAGCAGGUCGCCGAGCCCAGCGCGAAUGAACACCCUGAAGCUACGACGCAAGGCGCGGCCCAGUUUCAGAGGCCCGGACAGACCAGCUACCGGAGGCUGCCCAGGAAGGGCGUCAAGCGUCAGCCCGAACGGGCGCCAUUCUUCUGA